AGAUGAGAGGGCAUUCUGUCCAGGGAACAGGGUGUAGGCUCCUCUAUUCGAAGGACCUCGGGGAGCCCAUUGGAACUCCCGGGCUUGCAUCUGCAACCGCUUCAAAGCUUGGCGUGAGGAGGGGCGGAAGUGGCUCUGGAGGGUGGAGUUGGGAACUGGGUUCGCCUCCAGUCUGGCGUCGUAAAUCAAGAUGCGGGGAGUAACUGGCCUCAAGGAAAGAGCCAGAAAGUCUAGAUGUCUGAGAAGGUAGGGACCUGGGAGGUGGCCGAACGGGCUUGGGGGCUUGCCGCGAGCAACUGCCUGUCAGCAACAAUGCGAAAACUGGUGAGGAGUGGCCCAGUUCCCUCGUCACCUGCAUCCUUGUAAACCCUGCCUCUCCUUGCGUCUCCGGUCUUCAGGUUCUCCUGCGGUCUGGGGAGGCGGGCGCGGGGCUGAGCGUGCGUGUGUUGCUGCGCGCUCCUGCGUGUGCGCGCGCCUGUGUGUGUGUGCGUAAGUGCGCAGCCCGCGCGCAGAGCUUGGCCAUCGGGACCUAGCUGCCCGCCACCCGCCGCCAGACUGGUGUCCCUCCUCCUUGCAGCCACCUCCUCGAAAGCCUCCUCACCUAGUGCUGGUAACCCGGCGCCGGCCGCCUGCCCAGCCCCGCUCGGCGGAUGCAGCCUAAGCUCAAAGUUUCCUUAGCCCAGACACCUUGGCAAAGGGCUACCCAGGGAUAUGGGUUUCUGAAGCUGUGCCUUGGACUGGUUCUUCUUACUGCACCUCUCCGCCUUGUCCCCACCCGAUCCGAGCAGAAAGUAGAUUUUCCAAAUUAAAGGGAGAAAGGGGUGUGUGUGUGUGUGUGUGGUGGUGAGGUAUUAUUAAAAGAAACCAGGGCGGCAACAACUGAAAACAUCCGCUUCUUUUCUGACCGAUGCCCUGGAAUUGACUGAUGACGGGCCUGUGAGGUUAAAGAGAAUGAAAUAGAAAGCCAAGUUGACCGAGGAGGGGCUGGCUGCCAGCAAGGUUGUCCUGUCUCCGUUACUACACGGGCGUGAAGAUUUGUAGGCGCAGCCAGUGCAAGAGCUUCAAAUCGCCAUCCACUCCUGAUCCCCUUGAAAGGAAAAGCCGGCAGAGCUCAGGGAGAGUGAGUCACGAAAAAGCCUCUGGACUUGUGUGCGUCGCAGCCUUGGUUGGGGAUUUUAAGGAUAGGAAAGAGAAUUAACAGCAUCUCAAGAUUUGUUUUUCUUUAGCACAGCAUACCCACGCCAUCGUUGUCAUAGAGCGCUGCGAGCACGCUAGCGCCUCUCCGACGCGGGGUCAGGUGAGCCCGGCGUAGAGAAUCCUUUGGAGAUGUUUUCAAGAUGUAGAACCCUUAUAUGUGAAGUAUCCCAAAUGAAGUUGGAGCAUCUGCAUUGAAAUUACUUCAUGUUGUGGCAUUGAAGAGCACACUGGAAGGCUGGGUUAUGAGCUGCCGGGGCCUCUAAAGUGUCCAGUGGAUUUUUAAUCACAAGUCUUGAAAUAGGGUCAUGCAAAGAGGUGCAGAGCAAAACACUGAAAGCAGCCACCAUCAGCAUGAGGACUCCGGCAAGUCUAACUGGUGAGAUGAGCAAAACAGAAUGCAGCUUUCAAGGUUCAUUCCAAGCAGUUGGCUUGUGGAAAUCUCUGAGAGAUGCUGCUGCCCUUGACAUGUUGGAAUUAUCAUGAUCAUCUACUCAGUUUGGAUUUCACUCAGUGACCAAGAGAUUUGCAUGGUAGACAGCAAGGACUGGAUUUUUAAAAAGAGUAAACCAGGCCUGUGACCAAGGUGUAGACUAAGAGGUGGAGUCAUGCUUCACACGGCCAUAUCAUGUUGGCAGCCAUUCCUGGGUCUGACUGUGGUGUUAAUCUUCAUGGGAUCCACCAUCGGCUGCCCUGCUCGCUGCGAGUGCUCUGCCCAGAACAAAUCUGUUAGCUGCCACAGAAGGCGACUGAUUGCCAUCCCAGAGGGCAUUCCCAUUGAGACCAAAAUCUUGGACCUCAGCAAGAACAGACUGAAAAGUAUCAACCCUGAAGAAUUCAUAUCAUACCCUCUACUAGAAGAAAUAGACUUGAGUGACAACAUCAUCACAAAUGUGGAGCCAGGAGCAUUUAACAAUCUCUUUAACCUGCGUUCCCUCCGUCUAAAAGGCAAUCGCUUAAAGUUGGUCCCUUUGGGGGUAUUCACGGGCCUGUCCAAUCUCACCAAGCUUGACAUUAGUGAGAAUAAGAUUGUCAUCUUACUGGACUACAUGUUCCAAGAUCUACAUAACCUGAAGUCUCUAGAAGUGGGGGACAAUGAUUUGGUUUAUAUAUCACACAGGGCCUUCAGUGGGCUGCUUAGCUUGGAGCAGCUCACCCUGGAGAAAUGCAACCUAACAGCAGUACCAACAGAAGCCCUCUCCCACCUUCGCAGCCUCAUCAGCCUGCAUAUGAAGCAUCUCAAUAUCAACAGUAUGCCUGUGUAUGCCUUCAAAAGAUUGUUCCAUCUGAAACACCUAGAGAUUGACUAUUGGCCUCUACUGGAUAUGAUGCCUGCCAAUAGCCUCUAUGGUCUCAACCUCACAUCUCUCUCGAUCACCAAUACCAACCUGUCCACAGUACCCUUCCUUGCCUUCAAACACCUGGUGUAUCUGACCCACCUUAACCUCUCCUACAAUCCCAUCAGCACUAUUGAAGCAGGGAUGUUCUCUGACCUGAUCCGCCUUCAGGAGCUUCAUAUAGUGGGAGCCCAGCUCCGUACCAUCGAGCCUCACUCCUUUCAAGGGCUCCGCUUCCUUCGCGUGCUCAAUGUGUCUCAGAACCUACUGGAAACUUUGGAAGAGAAUGUAUUCUCCUCCCCUAGGGCUUUGGAGGUCCUGAGCAUUAAUAACAACCCACUGGCCUGUGACUGCCGUCUUCUCUGGAUCCUGCAGCGGUAUCCCACACUGCAGUUUGGUGGCCAGCAGCCCAUGUGUGCUGGCCCAGACACCAUUCGUGAGCGGUCCUUCAAGGAUUUCCACAGCACUGCCCUUUCUUUCUAUUUUACCUGCAAAAAACCCAAAAUUCGUGAAAAAAAGUUACAGCAUCUGCUGGUGGAAGAAGGGCAGACAGUCCAGCUAGAAUGUAAUGCUGAUGGAGACCCUCAACCUGUGAUCUCCUGGGUGACACCUCGAAGGCGUUUUAUCACCACCAAGUCCAAUGGAAGAGCCACUGUGUUGGGUGAUGGCACCUUGGAAAUCCGCUUUGCACAGGAUCAAGACAGUGGAAUAUAUGUUUGCAUUGCUAGCAACGCUGCUGGGAAUGACACCUUCACAGCCUCCUUGACUGUGAAAGGAUUCACUUCAGACCGCUUCCUUUAUGCGAACAGGACCCCUAUGUAUAUGACCGACUCCAAUGACACCAUUUCCAAUGGCACCAAUGCCAAUACUUUUUCCCUGGACCUUAAAACAAUACUGGUAUCUACAGCUAUGGGCUGUUUCACAUUCCUGGGAGUGGUUUUAUUUUGUUUUCUCCUCCUUUUUGUAUGGAGCCGAGGGAAAGGCAAGCACAAAAACAGCAUUGACCUUGAGUAUGUGCCCCGUAAAAACAAUGGUGCUGUUGUGGAAGGUGAGGUGGCUGGACCCAGGAGGUUCAACAUGAAAAUGAUUUGAAAGUCUACCACUCACACUAUUGUUUCUGAGUCAUUGUCAGUAACCAGUAGGACAAGUUGGCACAGUAAAUUACUAGGUUAAAAGGCAGUUUAGCAUAGCUGCCCCUGUGACAAAGCAGGGUCCAUGGAAGCAAGAGGACUUCUUAUGGAAACUCUCCACCUAGAGGCAGGCAGGCAUGUGUCAAAGCCCUUCACACAGUGGGAUACUAAUUGUUUGCUUUGCAAAUAUUGGCAUUCUGGGGAUCUCAGUAAUGAACCUGAACCUUUGGCUCAUACUCAUGGACGGUUAUUCAACAUUUUCUACCACUGCAGAAACAAAAGAAAAAUUAAAAGGAACAACCUACAAUGUAGGAUUUACAUAUUAAAAGACACAUUUGUCUAAAAUAUACUCUACAGAAAAAUUUGUAUCUAUGAUUAACAUUUAUUAAAUCCUUGCAUCAUACCAUAUUGUUGGUUCAACACCACAAAGAAAUCAAUAUAUUCUUUACUCUUCCAUUUUUUGAAACAUAUAUGCUGUAUAUGUUUUAAAGCAAUAUGAAUGAGAGGUUGUGCUUUUAGUUACCCACCAUUAUAGCUCCAAGUGUGAUUUCACCUUCCUUUACAUAUAGAUAACCCUGAAACUAGAUCCCCAGAGUUGUGGGUGGAGAUACAUUGAAAGAUGUGCUUGUCUCAUGUAGGAUGUCAAGAAACAAGACCCAAGGCAAAACUGUUCAACUCUGUUAACUCCUGUUACUUUAAAUAAAGGCAUGUGCCUAGUUUUGAUACAGAAUGGAAUAUUUUUAUACUUGUGAUAUCACACUGGACCAGUUUACUGUAAUAAAGCCCUUGGUUUCUCCUGAAGGUGGUAGGCCACUAGUUGUACCUGAAAAACACAAGGUAGGUGGUAAGAAUGAAAAUGAUCCAUUUAAUGACAACUUGAUUUUACUCCCAUCAGUUGCUACUAAUGGGUUAACAGAAAAUGAAAAAUAAUAGAAUUGUUAUAUAGUAUACUCAUGGGGUAAUAUUUAUCUCAUCGCUUAGAUCCAGAAUUCAGAUGUUCAAAAGCUCUCUGGAUAAGAAGUUCUUCUCAGAUGCCAACACAAAGCAGGGUGACCCUUGUGUAACAUGAUGUUAAUGUGAUUAAGAAUCUGUCUAAAACGCGAUAGCUGUCUGAAGGCUGGAUUGUCAGUCAAAGGAAGCAUCUAGCCACUCUAGUGUCUAUUGAAUAGACACUAUUCAAAUGCUACAAACAAAGUAUUACCUUGAAUGGGCAACUUCAGUGUUUCUCCCUGCUUCCUGACUAAGCAGAAAAUUGGAUUUUAUUUUGAAAAUUAUCAUGUGUAGACCGAGAGAAACCUGUCUUGCUUUUAAACAAGUGAGGAGAAACAAGAUAGAUUAAAAGACACUUAUCAUUUUUUCCUCUAAUGAGGAAAAACUGAGAUAACGGCCCUAUGAAUAUGUUAAAUUGUGUUGACACUUUUACCCCUCUAACUCAAGGAUGUUGCCCAACUCAAUUUGUAUUAAUAAUUGUUACUCAAAGUUAAAAUAUUAUAGUUUUUUUUUAAGAUGGCAUCAUGCCAUUGCCACCAGUGAUUUAGUUCAGGAAGAUAUAAUUCCAUUUGGCUAAAUGUUGAGUGAAUGGGUUUUCAAAGCAUAUAUUCAUGUGAUCUGAAAAAGCAUUAAAUAUAGAGUGUAUUCAUGAAAUGUGAUAUAUUUAAUCAGCAUAGAACAGAGAGGAAAUCUCUACACUUUAUACAUUUUGAGAGGGAACUGAAAAUGAGCUUCCUUUUGGACAGUCUAUAAACUGGGAUAUAAGCUUUUUUUCUUGGCAUAUCAAAUUGGGGGUUUGACUUUCAAAAAGCUGGCAUUUGUUUUAAUGUUUAAAAUUUUGAGCAAUAUCAAUAAAAUUAAAUCCCCCCCAGAAGAGUGACAGGUCCAGAAACUGUUUUGCCAAUUGGAUUGCAGCAUAGUUAAGCCCAUUUCUCUCUUAAUAAAGGGUGGAAAAUGACAUAAAGAUUGAAGAAUUGCUCUUUGAGUCAUUUUUAAUUUGACUUUCUUGAUGGUUGUCAUAGAUCUUUUAGAAAUUAAUCCCCCACUUAUGGCAAUUACUAAAUUCAUGUGUAAGAACACAAAUAAAGAUCUGUUGUAAAUUCUAGCAAAAUUUCAAAUUGUAUGCAAAAGAAAUGGGUCUUUCAAAUUAAAAAAAAGAAAAAGAACAAAGUUAAAGUGGAGACAUAGUCUCCAAAACUGAAUAGGAAAUACUUUAUCAUAAUUUUGUAAUAUUGUGUGAAGCAAGUACUUAACUAAUUGUCCAACUAUAACAAAAAAGAGAAAGGGUAGGGGAAAUGAAGAGAGAGAGACAGGAGGGAAAAGAAACACUGAGCAGUUAAAAGGACUUUGUAAUUUAACUGCUGUUUUCUGUCAAAAUUAUCCAAAAAUAGCUCAUAAAAUUGGAUUAAAGUUAACCCAUCCAUGAAAAGAUUUAGUUAAAAUAAAUAAUUAUUCUAUUGGAAGAAGAGAGGAUAUACUUUCUCAGGUGAUUCCAUACUUUGAUCCAUGGAAAAAUAUUUACUUAAAAUAUUAAUAAACGUUCUUCCAAGAAAGAGUGCCAUAAACUAAUAAGUUGGAAUAAUGCCACAUUCUGUAACCAUUUCUUGGAAGUCAAAAAAUCUAUAUGAGCCUAAUAAAUCCUCUGAAAAUUCCUGCAAACAAGAAUUCUGUUUAAUAUUGUUUGUCUUGGAGUUUCUCUAACUUCUCUGAACAUGAAGCACUUCUUUUCAUGUUGUAACUGUUAUCUUGAAAAAUGAGUUCUGCAGAACCCAGUUUGGUUAAUAUUAGACUAAAGUAGUACUCUUCUGAAAUAUUCUCAAACCCAAGGUUUCUAAUAAAAUUAAAAUUACACAUUUGAACUGGGUUCCAG